AUGGGGACCUAUGCUGUCCUAGGUUCAACGGGCAACUGUGGCACCGCCUUGAUUAAGAAUCUUCUGCGACGUCCCGACGCGAAGAUCCGAGCCUACUGCCGCAACCGCCAGAAGCUUCUGCAUCUUCUACCAGAAAUCGAAUCUAGCACCCAGUCCACCAUCUUCGAAGGAAGAAUCGAGGAUACUGAACUCCUCACUAAAUGCAUCAGCAACUGUCAAGCCAUAUUUCUAGUCAUCUCGACGGCAGAUAAUAUACCUGGAUUGCGUGCCGCCCAGGACACCGCAGCAAGCGUAAUUCACGCGCUCGAGUGCCUCAGGACGACCAACAAGGCAUUCAAGUCACCCCGUCUGGUUCUUCUCUCUUCUGCGAUUCUCGACGACCACCUUUCCCGCCAUACACCCUGGAUCUUACGGAAAGUACUGCAUCUCUCGGCUUCAAAUGUCUAUGCAGAUUUGGAAGUAGCGGAAAGCAUGCUUCGGGGGCAACAAGACUGGCUGACGACAAUCUUCAUGAAACCGGGCGCGCUUUCUAUUGAUGUGCAGCGAGGUCAUGCGCUGAGUCUAACAGAUGAGGGAAGUCCGCUUUCGUAUCUUGAUUUGGCCGCGGCUAUGAUCGAGGCCGCUGAUGACACGGGAACACGAUAUGAUAUGCAGAAUGUUGGGGUGCUCAACACCAAUGGUGCGGCCUGUUUUCCAAGAGGCACACCUAUGACCAUCGUUGUAGGACUUAUUAGUCAUUUCUUGCCCUUUUUGUUUCCUUAUCUGCCUCAUACAGGGCCUGGAUGA